AUGUGGCAGAGGAAUCAGACCUCCAUGGCAGACUUCAUCCUGGAAGGGCUCUUUGAUGACUCCCUCAUCCACCUUUUUCUCUUCUCCUUGACCAUGGUGGUCUUCUUCGUUGCAGUGAUUGGCAACAGCCUGACCAUUCUGCUCAUCUGUGCGGAUCCCCGGCUUCACACUCCAAUGUACUUCCUACUCAGCCAGCUCUCCCUCAUGGACCUGAUGCACGUGUGCACAACCAUCCCCAAGAUGGCUACCAACUACCUGUCUGGCAAGAAGUCCAUCUCCUUUGUGGGCUGUGCAACGCAGCACUUUGUCUAUUUGUCGCUGGGUGGUGCCGAGUGUCUUCUGCUGUCCUUCAUGUCUUAUGACCGCUAUGUUGCUAUCUGUCACCCUUUGCGUUACAGUGUGCUGAUGAACAGAAGGGUGGGACUGAUGAUGGCUGUCAUGUCAUGGUCGGGGGCUUGCGUCAACUCCCUCAUUCACACCAUGGUCUUGAUGUACUCCCCUUUCUGUGGGUCUCGGAAAAUCCACCACUUCUAUUGUGAGUUUCCAGCUAUUGUGCAGUUGAUAUGUGGUGAUAUCAGUGUUUAUGAGACCACGGAGUAUAUCAGCACCGUCCUGCUUCUCCUGCUGCCCAUCCUCCUGGUUUGUGCAUCGUACAUCUUCAUCCUGCACAGUGUCGUUCAGAUGCGUUCAGCUGGGAGUAAGAGAAAUGCCUUUGCCACGUGUAGCUCUCACCUCACUGUGGUUUCCCUCUGGUUUGGUGCCUGCAUCUUUUCGUAUAUGAGGCCCAGAUCUGAGCGCACACCAUUGCAAGACAAAGUUGGAUCUGUGUUCUAUAGCAUCAUCACUCCCACACUGAAUCCGCUGAUUUAUACUCUUCGCAAUAAGGAUGUAGCGAGGGCCCUGAGGAGAGUACUGAGGAGGGAUGUUAUCACCCAAAAAUGGAAGUUGUGGUAG